UGGAUCUAUCCAUUAUAAUCUCCGGUCAAUUUACACAACCAUGGCAGGAAUAGUUUGGCAAUACAGACAAAUACCACCCAAUCGCGCCGCAGUCGAAGGUUUAGUCAACCAAGGAAUCCAGUGGCUGAACAACAACGGAUACAAUAAUGGAGCCGAAGUUAUUGGAGCUACAAUUCGGUGGCCGGAUCACAACACAACCCGGGCCUUGGGGGAUGCGUAUGAUUACUAUCAAGAGAGUCAGAGAUUGUUGAGAGGACACCAGGGAAGAUAUCUUCUCACUAUCAAUCAUAUAACAGUUUUUUUCCAUUUGAGGGAUGGCAGGAGAAUUCCAGGGCAUAUCAAUUUAGAUAAUGCUGGAACUGCGCUGGCAGCGGAUUGUCCAGUCGUGGUAUGGUUCUAUCGCUGUAAUCCUAACGUGAUAUCUAAUUUGAUAAAACUAGACCCAAUGUUUCCUAGAAGCAUGGAUGCAGGCAAAUCAAAAUAUGGCACCGGGGCGCAGGUGGAGAAACAGGACAUGACUACUAGAUACGUGGUACAUAUCAGCUGA